CCUACCCCAUCCCUCCACCCCCCUCACCACCACCACCACCACCCCCCUAUCUCUUUACAGGACUGCCAGCCCGUCUAGAGUUAUUCCAGGAAUGCGUUGAACAUGGCUGCCGCGAUGAAGGCGCAGAAAACGGGACUGCUGGAACUUCGAGUGACCGUGGACCGCUGGAUCCGGGUGUUGGCCACGCUCACCGAGGACACGCUCGCGUUGAACCCCGGCGAGGGUGCCGAGGAGCCCGCGAAGCCCAACCCGACUCCCGCCGGCGCUAUCAACGGAGACCCCCCGAACCUCAGCUCGUCUCCGGUCCCGGAAACCAUCACCAACGUGAAGCGCACCGUGCGAGUGACCAAGCAAGAUGUUGGAGGACUCGGGAUUAGCAUUAAAGGUGGGAAAGAGAACAAGAUGCCCAUCCUCAUCUCCAAGAUUUUUAAGGGUCUGGCUGCUGACCAGACUGAGGCACUCUACGUCGGUGAUGCCAUAUUGUCUGUCAAUGGUUAUGACUUACGGGAGGCCACGCACGAUGAGGCUGUGCAAGCGCUGAAGAAAACUGGCAAAGAAGUCAUCCUUGAAGUGAAAUACAUCAAGGAGAUGUCGGCCUUCUUUAAAAGCUCGGGGUCCCCUGGGGCUGCACUCCCCUGGGACUCUCCCCCUUCCACACCUCAGAGGGGCACCGAGCCCUCACCCGCUGAGCUGAAGGAGCCCCGCAGCAUCCCGCUAAAGAUGUGCCAGGUAUCACGAAAACAGUGCCCUCCAGACACAGAAAACAGGUAUUUCGAGGUGAUUUCAGCCAACAGAAAGAACUCUGUGUUCCUGCGAGCAAAAGACCCAGCCAUGGCCCAGUCCUGGUACAAUGCCAUCCAGGCCGGUGCUGCCAACCUUUUACCCCGAGUAAAGGAGGAGAUGAAGGCCAUGCAGCCUGGCAUGGAGGUCAAACAUCUGGGCUGGAUUACAGAGCAGGUGACCCAGGGUCCAGAGAGACCAGUACUGGCCGCGUUGACCGACAGAGACCUGCUCCUGUAUCCGUCCUUGCCUGAAAGCAAAGAGAGCCUCAGCAGCCCCACCAAGAGUCACCCACUCAUUGCUACCAGACUGGUCCACUCCGGCCCGGGUAAAAGUUCUCCUCUCCUGGACUCUGACCUCUCGUUUGGCCUGCGUUCUGGCACCAAGCAAGGCGUGGAGACCCAUGUGUUCAGAGUGGAUUCUGCCAAGGAGCUGUCCACUUGGACUCAUCUGCUGGUGGAGGGUUGCCACAAUGCUGCUGAGCUCAUCAAGGAGGUCACCACGGUCUGUAGUUGGAAUGGGAAGGAGUGUACCUUGGGAGUUCACAUUGAUGAAGGGUUCACACUAUUCACAGAAGAAAUGGGUGUGAGGAAAAGUAUUCUGCUUCAGCAGCCCUUCGAGCGCCUUAGAAUGUCCUCAGACGAUGGAGUUCGCAUGAUGUUCCUUGACUUUGGAGGCCCGGAGGCUGAGAUUCAACUGGACCUUCACUGUUGUCCCAAGACCAUAGUCUUCAUCAUCCACUCUUUCCUGUCUGCUAAGGUCAAGCGACUUGGCCUUCUGGCAUGAUAAUGGUCAACCAGAAAAAUCAACAAUAGGAAUAUUCAAUAAAACACACAGCCCAGACGACUCUGAAACACCAGUGGAUGUGUCCCAGGAAAAGAUACUGACCAACCUUCUUUUCAGCCUUCCAAUAGGCCUUUAAAACGGUCAUCUCUGGUUAGGUACUUCCUGGUCUUCGUAAGGGAAUGAAGACAAAACAGCAAAAUUGAUGGACCUUUGUUGAACUUGUAGUCGUAAGGUGAGGAGAGGUUUUUACAGAUGGCUUAGCAGCCAUUUAAGGGAUCUGACAUCUGUCAAAUCUGUUACAGUAGGUCAUGACACUUUAUGAUGGCAAACUGUGUGAAUAUGACAGCCUGCAUCUUAAUGUUUCUAAGCUUGAAGUCCCAAACAUUUCAUGUUUUUUUCCCCCCAUUGUUCAGUUUUGUUUUGUUUCAUGAGUCACGGCAGGCCUUUGUCACAAGCAUCCUUUCAUCUUUCAAUCUCUGCUUUAUGUGCUGUGAGCAGUCAUAACAAAAGUUAUUUCACAAAUGUCCUGAUUGAUGUUGGACAAACACUUUUUUUAUGAAGGCAGCUUCAGUGGAGUGACAGAAUGACAUGACUGAUCACUACAUGAUCAAUCGUCUGUACUGAACAAUGCACAGAACACAAGUGUAACGAUAUGCUGUUUUUUGUGUGAAAUUCCUUUUAAGAAGCUACAUUGCCUUUUUGUUGAAGACAAUUUCCAAAUGCCAAAUCAUAUACAGUUUAUUUUUCCUUAUCGCUAAAUACACUUUUAUUUUCUGUCUCUCCUUCUCCUUAAAGUGCUCUCAUAAUCCAUGGCCUAACAAAGAGACAUCACUAACAGUAGUAUAUUGUAAAAGGGUUUUUUUUUUAAAUUGUGUUUUAGCAUAACCAAUAAAGUAGAUGAAACUUGUAAUUUUCAUAACAAAAAAAGAAAAUCCUCCCCCUCUGGAUGGCCUUAUUAAGUAAGACAGUGUGACUCUGCAGUUUCAUUUAAUUUCAGCCCACCUGAAGUACAAAAUAAGAGCUCUUGUGUUUUCAAGAGCACUGACAAAGGUUGUCACAUAAUCAAUGACAGUUGCUUGAAAGAGUGCCAGUCUCGCUAAGCUACUUCUCCUGUGUGGAUAAGCUACAAUAAAGGUGCAGAGUUUAGCUCUUAGAUAAACACAGUACAGUGUUUUCGUCUGUACUUUGUGAUUGAAUCACGAGAGACGACGGAGGGGCUUCAUCAGAGAGCACAGAUGGUCUAUUUUGUACACGUUAUAACCAACAUUUAAAGAUAACUUACCGGAAAAACGAUGUUGAGUUGUUUACAUCAUAGUGUGUUUUGACUGUCUUUUUUUUCUUCUUUUAUUAUUUGUCAACUGAACAUCCACAACUUCUCUCUGUGUCCAACACUAAGCAGACUUGUAUUAAUAUAUAUUUCAGACCUAAACCUUGUUUGCUUUCAAGAAUAAAAUGUAUUGUAUAUUCUUAUUUAAACAAAGGUGUGCCUUGCAGGGUUGUUUGUAUAUAAACAUGUAAUAAACUUUGUUAACUUUUAUUGUUUA